UGUGGAUCCAGUGUAACUUCCAGUCAAAACAACAUUGUGUAUGUGUGGAAACACAGAAAAGACAGCAUGGAACUGGUGAUCUGGCGUGAUGUGACUGUUUUGCUCUCACUGUGGCAGUGCAUAGAAGACUUGGUAGCCGCCAAAGAAUGGACAUAUGCAGGAACUGCAGGUCAAUCAGAAUGGCCAGUUUUGUUCUCAGACUGUGGCGGGUCCUCUCAGUCCCCCAUCAAUGUGGAUACUUCCAAAACUGUUUAUGACCCAUCUCUUCCUAGGAUACGGUUGCUAGGAUAUGAGCAAUAUGGCCAUGUACCCUUCACACUGUCUAACAAUGGUCAUACAGUGGUGAUGCUGUUGCCAAGUUGGAUGGGCUUGUCUGGUUUGCCAUGGCAGUUUAGUGCUGUUCAGCUCCACCUGCACUGGGGCAAUGGAGUGGGUGUGGCUACAGGAAGUGAGCAUAGCAUUGACGAGCAGAGUGCUUCUGCAGAGGAAGGAGAGAAAAACAAUAAGGCAUAUGCCAACAUCUUCAAUUACCUAAACCGCAUCAGGUAUUUAGGACAGAAGGUGCUCAUCCCAGCAUUUGAUGUGGGGACCCUGCUCCCCAGAGACCUGAACCAAUAUUUUCGCUACAGUGGCUCACUUACCACACCUCCAUGCCACCAAAGUGUGCUUUGGACUGUCUUUGUUGAGACGGUCAAGAUCUCUCACUCCCAGUUGAUGAAGUUGGAAACAGUGCUGUACUCCAGCAGACCCGGCUCUAACCCCAAGCCAUUACAAGAUAACUAUCGCACCACACAACCUCUCAACAACAGGACAGUGCUCUCCUCCUUUAUCCCCGUUUCUGCAUAUAUCUACACAUCUGGUGAAAUCUCAGCCAUUGUGUUGGGCUGUCUGUGUGGUUGUGUAGGCUUGGCUGCCAUAGUUUUCUUCAUCAUAAGGAAAAUUCAGACUAAGGACACAGCAAGAGACAUGGCAUUAAGGAUGACCUCUCACCAUGGGAAAAAUGAAGAGACCACACCAUAGCCUUAAAUUUAAUCUAUAGCAUCUGAAAUUUCACUGUUUGCGUUGACUGACCAUUGGGUGGCACUCUAAACAAACCUCUAAACACCUUAUUGCAUUUAGAAGAUUUGCACCUAUUUUAACCUUAACUCUAAAAUGAAAUCUCU